UCGCACGGAUACUUUCCCAUCCAGCCUGACUCAAGGCUUCGCUGCUCAGAGACCGAGAGAGAAGAUCCUUGACCCUGGAGCCGAGAUGGAGCUGGUGAGGAGGCUGCAGCUCCGCAAGGAGCCGGUGCCCCUGCGCAGCAGCUCGGUGUCGGUGUUGAUCCGAGGCUUUGUGGCUGACGUGGGCUGCGAGCUGCUCUACAGGAACGAGGAGCCGGGGCCCCUGGAGGUCGUGUUCAAGUUCCCCGUGGACGCCGAGGCAGCUGUCUACGCCUUCGAGGCCCGGCUGGGGGGGGGGGCCUGCAUCCAGGCCCAGCUCCAUGAGAAGAAACAGGCGCAGGAGCUGUACGGGGACACUCUGGCCGGGGGGCAGAGCUCGUUCCUGUUGCAGCAGGAGGGGGCCGGGGGCGACGUCUUCAGCUGCUCCCUGGGGAAUCUGCCCCCCGGGGAGGAGGCGGUGCUGACCCUGCGCUAUGUCUGCGAGCCGCCGCUGGAGCCUGACGGGGCUGCCCGCUACGUGCUGCCGACCGUGCUGCGUCCCCGCUACACGCCCCACGGGUGGCAUGGGGAGGAUGUCACCCAGGGGGUCCCGCGGGUCCCCCAGCGGGAGCUGCCCUACACCCUGAGCCUGAGCGCCACGCUGCAGUCGCCCCACAGCAUCAACCGCGUGCUCUCCAACUGCCCCCUCACUCCCUUGAGCUAUACGGCCGGGAACCGAACCACUGCCCAGGUGUCACUGGCCCAGGCCCCCCCGUGGGACCGGGAUGUGGAGCUGCUGGUGUAUUAUGCGGAGCCAUACAAACCCAGCGCGGUGCUGGAGGCCGGACUGCCUGGAGCCAAGCCAGGCUCCCUGAUGGGCGACCCGGCCGUGAUGGUGACCCUGCUGCCCAGCGUGCCCGAGGCUGUGCUGGCCCAGAGCCGGGCCGGGGAGUUCAUCCUCCUGCUGGACCGCUCCAGCAGCAUGACAUGCCUCAUGGACAGCAGAGACCUCUUCCCCCAACGCAUCGACAGCGCCAAGGAGUCCCUGAUCCUGCUGUUGAAGAGUUUGCCCCUGGGCUGUUAUUUCAACGUCUAUGGCUUUGGGACUGAGUUUGAGUCCUUCUACCCGCAGAGCGUGGAAUAUACCCAGCAGACCAUGGCCGAGUCCCUGCAGCGCAUCCAGCUGCUCCAGGCUGACCUGGGGGGCACCAGAAUCUUGGAGCCACUACGAGCCAUUUACCGCAGCCCCUGCCGGGACGGGCACCCACGCCAGCUGUUUGUGUUUACGGAUGGGGAGGUAGAGAACACCCAGGAUGUCAUCACAGAGGUGUGGCGUAACCGGGGGACCCACAGGUGCUUCUCCUUCGGCAUCGGGGACGGGGUUUCCACAGCUCUGAUCAAAGGCAUCGCCCGGGCAGCAGGGGGCAGCGCCGAGUUCAUCACCGGCCAGGACCGCAUGCAGCCCAAGGUGCUGCAGUCUCUGAAGCGGGCCCUGCUGCCGGCGGUGACCGGGAUCUCACUGAGCUGGGAUCUGCCCCCUGGGAUGCAGGCACAGCUGCUGCACCGGUGCCCCGAGGUGAUCUUCCCUGGGCAGCGGUGCCUUGUCUAUGCUCAGCUCCGUGGGCAGCCACAGCCCCCAGACAUUCCCAUGGGGGGCGUCACCCUGCAGUAUGGCAUCCAGGACCAGACCUACAAGGAGACACUGCAGUUCUCCCUGCAGCCACAGGAUGGAGACAGGCACAGGCUGCCUGUUCACCGGCUGGCAGCCAAGUCGCUGCUGCUGGAGCUGGAGGGGGCCGUGGGCGCUGGGUCGGAGGGGGCCCAGCACCGGGCACUGGAGGCCAGUCUGAGCUCGGGGGUUAUCUGCUCCCUCACGGCCUACGUAGGGGUGGACACGCAGCGGGGACAGCCGGUGCAGGGGCCACUGGUGAGACAGGACGUCCCACUGACAGAUUUCAUCAGGGAAUAUGUGGAGAUGAGAGACUGCAUCUCGAUAAGGGAGAUCCAAAUAGACCGUGUCUGUGAGCGUCCAGCGAGCAGAGCGCGCCUAGACGAACCGAACUACCGCAGCGUCUUCGGGGGCCUGUCCCGUGACUUGUGGCAGUGGUACUCACGUGCUGCACGCAAGUGCCUGCAGCUCUCGAAGUCCAGCACCAGCCAUCUCCCUCAGCGGAUGCCGGAGGAGUCUCCCUUGCUGAGGCUGGUGUCUCUGCAAAAUGCCGAUGGCUCGUGGGACCUGGACCCCCGACUGGCUGCCGUGCUGGGGGUGAGCGAGACCGAUGCCAGAAAGAGGAUACCUAGUGAGGACGUGACUCCCAGUAUCUGGGCCACGGUGCUAGCCGUGGUCUGGCUGCACGACCGGGCCGUGGGGCAGCGCGACGAAUGGGAGCUGCUGGAGGCCAAGGCUGUGGGUUGGGUGCGGGACCGAGCAGGGGCCAGGCUAAGCGAGUGCCUGAAAGCCGCCAACACCCUGCUGGGCUGCAGUGUUGGCCCUGCUGUCUUCGGGCUCUGAGCCCCCCUGGGAUCCCCAUACCUGCUCCCCAAACUACCCUGGGCAUUCAACUGGGAGCCCCAAGAGCCAACAGGGGGUGCAGAGGUGGCUGCGCUGACCUCACCCUGCAUGAACCAUCCAGUGUAAACCUAGUCCCAUCUCUGCGGAGUUCAGCUAUUGCGCAGACAGACAGACCAACAGGAUCUUUGCUUGUCCAAACGCGACCUCAUUUUGUCAUAAUGGCAGAUUUCUCUUCGAUGGACAAUCCUGAACGCAAACAGGAGUGCAGUGAUUCGCGUAGUUCUUCAUUUCCUCUCUGUCUAGGUCCGGACUAGAGCUGGUUAGACAUUUUCCAGCUGAACAGUGUUGUGUUGGCAAAUGCGAUUCCAUGGUGAAGGCUGAAAGGUGGAAACAGGCAGCAGAUGGAGGAAGCUUGUCCCAUGCUGCAUGUUGUGAAUCUGUCCCCAGUCACCAGCUGCUGAAUUCUCUACCACAGGAAGAAGUGCUUAAAACCUGACCAUCCAUCUUGACGGUUAAUGCUCAUGCUGUGUCCAUCCUGGGCAGCACGGGGCCCUUCUCAGGACAUCCUGGGACUCAAGCAAACGAAGAAAAACAUCAGCUGGUUAAUUUCCUGGAAAGAAAGUGCUAUUUUUGUCAAGAAACUGCAGGAGCAUAAGGAAGAAGCAAACAGUUUUCCCACUUCAUGUUAACCAGCCCUGACCCACUUUGAACAGCUUUCACCAUAUGACUCUGUGCUGGGUCACAUCCCUAUUUCAGCCUUUCCGUGUCUGAGAAGGCAACUCAAGAAAUUCAAUUUACAGCACCUGGAGUCCAAUCACAGCUACCUGCUCCGCAUGGUGCAGAGACUCUGGGGAAGGAUUAAGAUACCAGGUAAUUGUUUUAAUUGCCUUCAGCCCUGAAGGAAUGCCGCCCUGGGACUGAGAUUUCCCCAAAGGCCAGAUGGAAUUUGGAGAUCCUAAUUCUCACUUCCCGCUGUGAAUAGUGGAACUUCGAUACCAGCGGUGACAUCCUGGUCCCAUUGAAAUCAAAGGGCGUUUUGUCUUCUACUUCAACGGGCACAGAAUUUCAGCCCAUAUUACUGGGCUUUUGCAAAUUAAACCCUGUGGCUGGGAUUUUGGAAGAAGUGGUUGAGGCACCCAGUUCCAGGGGGUUUGGCCUCUCUGAAAAUCCCAACCUAUUAUCCUUUCCAAACCCAAUGAAGUCAAAGGAAAGGUUCUUUCAGAGAGAGCUGGGGAACCAGCUCCCAUUGGAAACUCCAGCCGGAGUGAGUCUUUUCAAUGGUCUUCAGAUCAGCUCCGUUGGUAGAAGCUGAUUGCCUAGCUCCCUUUGGCGCCUUUGGAUAGUCCAGCUGACUCCAGUGGACUUUGAAGCAGGCCCAGUAUGUAUACCUGAGCCUUUAGCUAGAUAGAUAGAAAAUCCCCACACACAAAAUAAAAUCAUACGACCGUCUGUACUCUCACGUAUGUGGCCAUAAAUGGCCUCACGUACUGUAGCACACCCAGUAAUGUAUGAACCCUCCAGCCUGUAAUGCCUUGUCCGUGCCCAUCCGUUCCCAUCUAGUCCUGGGUCCUAGGUCCUCUUCUUGGCUCUGGCUGGGCUUUGCAUGCUGGGGACUGGAGUAGGGGACUGGCCCAUGGCAUUCCCGGGUUCUCUUUUGGUUCCUGGAGGCAAAUGUGGCCUAGUGAGUCGAGCAGGGGGGUCUGGGACUCAGGACUCCUGGCUUCUCCUGUGGGAAAAGCGUCACAAAGAAAAGACAAUUAACAGAUGUAAACACACUGAGCAUAGCAGGAGUCACCCAUCAGUCUUACGGGGCCCCAGCAGGUCAGAGUCUUUCCAAUCCUUCCACCAGCCCAGAAGGUCCUGUCCGUUCGAUGGGUCGAAGUCAGUCCAAGCUCAUCCUUUCAGAGCAGAAGUCCUUUGUUUCCUUGUUUCUGGAAAAGCCAGCCUGACCCAGUCUGUGCUAGCUUCCCCCCCCCCACCCCGAGGGUGUGGAACUUCUCUGAAGCGGAUCGGUCCCCGAGGGUGUGUCUACAUUGCAUUGUAAACCUGGGCUUGUGGGUUCGGUGUUUCCAAGCGCGUGCUCGAGUGUCCACACUGCAUUGGAAGCCUGGGUUUACAAUGCUGGACCUGGGUCUCACAGUAGUGCUAACAUGUCCAUACUGCCCUGUGCAGACCUUCUGACUAGCGUCUGUGGCUUGACCCGUGUCCACACUGCACAAUGACAGGGCUUGGACCCAAGUCUCAGCAGGACUCAAGCUCUGACCCAUCCUCCUAGCAGCAUCCUAGGACCCAGGCCCUGAAUGUUUGCUUCGCUGAGUCAGACUGACCUGUGUGCACACAGAAGGGGGCCUUGGGCUCAGACGUGAGUCAGAGCCCAGGCGUAGGGUGCAGUGUAGACAUAGAUGGUGAGUUGCUUUGCUUUACUUCCCUCCCCCCCUGCCCUCCAUUUUUGGUUCCUGGAGGAGCUGGCAUAACCCUCCCCUGUGGAGUUAUGUAAAAUUCCUGGCCCACAGUGAUACAUAAACUUAAUAUAGGAUGGUCCCCAAAAUAUUGAUAGAGUGUGUUAUCUAAGACUGGCCUGCAGAGAGCAUCCCAGUGAUUCACUGGCUUGGGGAACAUGGGUCCUGGGUUCAAUUCUCAGCUCUAUCACUGAAUCAUAGCGUGACCGUGGGUAGGUCACUUCAUUGCUUUGUGUCUCAGUUUCCCCUUUGAAAAAUAGGGAUGACGAUGAUGAUAUUCCCACUUCCAGUAGUGCUAUGAGUAUAACUCGAAAAAUACUUGGGAGUCAGAUAUGACAGUGCUGGGUGCAGUAUGAUACCUAGA